AGAAUCAAGUAUUUUCCUACAAAGAAACAGUAUUUUGCUCAAGAAUGGACUGUUCUUGCAAUGGCAGAAUUGAGAGCCACAAGCUAUGCCAAGAGUAUAAGAAGAUAGCCCCACCCAAAAAAUCCUGGGGUGAGGUCUUUGCUCCAGACGGAGUCGUCAUCAAGGGAGAUGUUCCAUGUGACCUGUGUGAUAUUUACGAGAAUGUGAAUCACCACUGUGUAGAAUGUAACCAGAAUUUGUGUAACUGGUGCAAUCAUCUCCAUCUAAGGAGUAAGGCAAGCUUUAAGCACCACUCAAUCAAUAUCCAGCUGUGGGAGAAACAUAAAGGAGACAUGCACUGUCCAGAUCACGAGGACUGUUACCAGAAUAUCUACUGCACCUACUGCCACAAGCUUGUGUGUGGCCAAUGCAGGAGGACCUCCAACAUGAAUGACCCCAGGCCUUGCUUUUUCACGUCUAAGAAAGAAGAGAUGCAGCAUCGAGUGAAACUGUACAAACAGGGAAAGAUAACUCUAGAGGGUAUGACCCUUGAGGAACAUAAAAUGUUCCGUGAAUGUUUGACGGAGGACAGAAAUCAACAGAUUGAGAUGGUGGACCACCUCCAGGAUAAAAUGAUGACGGAGAUCCAGGAAACUGGAACUCUAAUUCACGAGUACAAGGAGAAGUUUGAAGCCUGGUACCAACAGAUCUGUGAAGACUUCGUGGCUAAAAUUCAGAAGUAUAAGAAGAAAGCUGCCAACCUCAAAGGCAGGGAGCUAAUACGACUCUAUAAAUAUGCACAGAAUGAUAUAAACAGGCCCAGAGAGAAUGUUCCUCCAGUUUAUAAUAUACCACCGCCCAGAUUUAUUCCGGGGCGGCCCGGGUCAGGACCUGUCGAGGAGCAGUUUGGGAGAAUUGAGUAUGAUGAUCUUCACUUACAAUGGAAGAAACACAUUAUGUUGCAUAACUUUCUGUGCACAAAUUAAUUUUUCUGACCUUGAAAAUAUUUUUCUAGGAUAUUUUAACUAAUGAAGCAU